GUAGCGUACGUCAUUCAUUGCCAACAGAUUGAUAUUUCUUCGCAUAGUUUAGCUCUUCAUAGUAAAAAUCGUCAAUUUUAACGACGAAACGUGAUAAAAAACGUGCGAAUUAUUGUGAUAAUUUCCUUUAUUGUUAGUAAUUCUAGUUCAAUUUUAAUAAAUUAAAAAUGUUUAUCUUGGAUUGGUUCACUGGUGUCCUAGGAUUUUUGGGAUUGUGGAAGAAAUCAGGCAAAUUACUGUUCCUGGGUCUAGACAAUGCGGGUAAAACAACACUCCUGCACAUGCUGAAGGAUGACAGAUUGGCACAGCAUGUGCCCACACUUCAUCCCACAUCGGAGGAGCUGUCGAUAGGCAGCAUGCGGUUUACGACAUUUGACUUGGGCGGGCAUCAACAGGCGCGCCGCGUGUGGCGCGACUACUUCCCGGCGGUGGACGCCAUCGUGUUCCUGGUGGACGCGUGCGACCGCGCACGCCUUCCCGAGUCGAAGACUGAGCUUGAUUCUCUGCUCACUGACGACACACUCAGCAACUGCCCCGUCCUAAUCCUCGGCAACAAGAUCGACAAACCAGGCGCAGCCAGCGAAGACGAACUUAGACAAUUCUUCAACCUUUACCAACAGACCACCGGCAAGGGCAAGGUAUCGCGGUCGGAGCUGCCGGGGCGGCCGUUGGAGCUGUUCAUGUGCUCGGUGCUGAAGCGGCAGGGCUACGGCGAGGGCUUCCGCUGGCUCGCGCAGUACAUCGACUGAACACAGCCCGCACACACAACACGCGGCUCGCUUAUAAUCGUAUGCUUUUUAUCAUUCAACUCCCGACGUAGCCGUCUUCGUAUUUUAAAUUUUGCUUUGAAAGUCCUUCUAAUUUAACUAUACAUAAAUCUGAAGAUAUUUACAAUGUCUUGUAAAAUAUUCCAUCUAUGUAUGACACAGUUUAUUUAAGUAAAAACGUAAUAUUUUGUUAUAUUUCUUUUACUAGCAUGUUAAGGAUCGGCUACGUUUAAGAAAUGGUAGCGAACGCGCCCGUUUGUAAGCAGCCUAGCGUUCGCUUACUAGUAAUGCGUUGUCUUAAGAGGCUCCCCUAUAUAUGUUAGUAUUCAGCUGCCACAUAUCUACAAUAAUUUUUCAAGCAUAAAUCAUAAGUCAUGUUGUUCUAAAAUAUAAAUAAAUAUGUAAUAUGCUUGUUCUUUAUUCGGCCGUGGAAUACCAUUCUAAGUGUUUUGAAAUUCAAAGUACAAAAUAUCACGCAAAUUGACAUCUCAUAAAGCCGUCAAAAUUAGGCAGAAGAGACAAUAAUUGUAAUUGCCACGUCUAUUCUAAGCGUUGUUUGUAAAGUAUUUGUACUUAUGUAAUAAACAUUUGUUUACAUAGAAUACUUAUAUAUCUAGUUUUGUUAUGUACUUAGGAACAGUACAAAUGUCAUAAAAUGGAGCUUGUUGAGACCUGAGCAUUACUAGAUAGCGACGUAUAAAAGCAGUUUAACAACAUCCACUGCGAAUAGUUUAAGCUAAUGGUUAAUUUGAGGUUCCGAUACAAUAUUAAAUUACAACUUAAACCAAUACUUCUUUUUAUAUUACAAGGUGGCAAACGAGCGAGCGGCCACCUGAAAUCGCUGAAAUAGCGAAGUGACCUGUUGCCCAUAGACAUACGCAAUUGCAUAUGCUUCGGAGGAAAGGAUGCACAGAAUGAAAAUAUUUUUCCUUACCAUGCAUCCUCUCAUCCGGAAAGUCCACUUCCACUUCUCAUCCUUUCCUUAUAAGAAAAAGGGUGGUAAGGGAAAGAGGACUAAAUUAGACCUUUGGGACACACAUUUAUUACAUUUAUUGUAAAGAAAGAUAAAAUGCAAAAUAUUAAAUGUCAAUCCAUAAAAAGAUACUUGUUAUCAUGUUGUAAAGAUUAGUUUUAUUAUGAAUAUCAAGAAAUUGGGAACCUCAUUUAGAACUAUAACCCAUUGGGUUACGCAACUCCACAAAUAAAAGGAAUGUUAUUCCUUCAUUAAUAUUAUGAAUUUUUAAUUUUUGUUUGCAAUCAAGGUAAAGGUGCAACUCCAUGGCCGUUAUAAAAAGAAUUUCUGUCUCCAAAGCUGACUUUGUCUGUUAGUUUCAAAUAUUUAUUGACAUU